AAAUCAAAACUCAAAAACACUUCUUACACUUUCUCUCUCUUCACUGUUCGGAGGCCGCAAUCUCUCCUGUCUCCUCCGACCCACCCUCCGAUUACCGGUGAAGAAUUGGAGGGUUUCUUCUGUUUGAUUAGAUGGGGAAGGGUUCGAAGAAUGGUGCGCUCUUCAAGGACAAGGCGAAAAAUCGCGUUGAUGAUCUGCAGGGUAUGUUCAUGAACCUGCAAUCUGCAAGGAAAGAAAGUCGAACUUAUGAUGCUGGGGUGCUGGAAGAGCAGGUCCACCAGAUGCUUCGUGAGUGGAAAGCUGAGCUCAAUGAGCCUUCCCCUGCCUCUUCUUUGCAGGGAGGAAGCCGUAUCUCAUCAGACCUCUAUAGGCUGCUGCAUGGUGAGGAGGAAGAUGAUGCUACCAGUGCAUUAGCUGCUCCUAAGCCUGAGCCUGAUGCUAAAAAACAAGAUGUUACUGGUUUCCAGGAGGGUUUCAAUGCAACUCCGGUGCUGCAGGAGCAAGGUUACCAGUUGGUUGAUGAAUGCAAAAAUACGCCUUUAGUCGUCAACAAUGCAGGGAUUAACAACCUAGGCGUUGCAACACAAUUAGAUUACCAUUCUUUUGAUCUGCAGCAAGACUUUGAUCAGUUUGGAUUUGAUGCUUUAAAUCUUUGUCUAGAGGAUGAUUUGUCUCCUAUUCAGAUUAGCCCUCCACCCUCUGCUUUCCUGGGACCUAAAUGUGCACUUUGGGAUUGUCCUCGACCUGCGAUGGGGUCAGAUUGGUGCCAGAAGUCUCAUGACUACUGCAGUGACUAUCAUGCUGCUCUUGCGCCUAAUGAAGGCUAUCUUGGAAGACCUCCAGUUGUUCGACCAAUGGGUGUUGGCUUAAAGGAUAGUUUACUUUUCCAAGCUCUAAGUGCUAAAGCACACGGGAAAGAUGUUGGUGUUCCAGAAUGUAAGGGUGCUGCCACUGCAAAGUCCCCCUGGAAUGCACCAGAGCUCUUUGACCUUAAAGUUGUUGAGGGUGAAACAAUCAGGGAAUGGCUUUUCUUUGAUAAGCCUCGAAGGGCAUUUGAAAGUGGAAACAGAAAGCAGAGGUCACUGCCAGAUUAUAACGGGCGGGGUUGGCAUGAGUCUAGGAAGCAAGUGAUAAAUGAUUAUGGAGGGCUGAAGAGAUCCUACUAUAUGGAUCCACAGCCAAUGAAAAAUCUGGAAUGGCAUUUGUAUGAAUAUGAGAUCAACAAGUAUGAUGCAUGGGCCUUGUACAGAUUGGAGCUGAAACUUGUUGAUGGGAAGAAGAGUCCAAAAGGGAAAGUAACGAAUGAAUCAGUUGCUGAUUUGCAAAAGCAAAUGGGAAGGCUCUCUGCUGAAUUUCCUUUGGAGAACAAGCGCUCUGCUAAAGGCAGAGGAAAGGCCAACUCAAAGGAUGUUGGUACUAACGGGCCUCCUGCUCCAAAUCAAACUGUUCCCGCUAUUGAAGGGUUUGAUUAUGUGGCCGGUGCACUUUUCCCUGAUUAUCUUGUUGAUAAUACAGGUGGCUACUACAUAACGUAGACUGGAUAAGCAGUUGGAUGCUUUUAAAAUAAGUUGCAAUUUGUCUGUGUAUUAUACAUCACUCUCAUCCUUGACUCAACCUCCACUGGUGGCUGGAGUUAAACGGAGGUUCUUGUUUCCUCCUUAUAAGGCGGAGGCAUCUGUGGAACCCCUCCUGUUUCCGUAGGUAUAUUUGUCAAUACAUCAUUGUCAUCUAAGUGUUGUUACAGUCUAACCUCGAAGCAUUUUUAACUGCUUGAAGAUGAGGUGGAUAAUCCCAGUUUACUUGUUCAGUUCACUUUACAUACCAGCCAAGUUAUGAAAGUUAAUG